UGCAAAUAUUUUAUAUUUUUCUGCCAAAUUGCAUAUGUUUGUUUCUGGAAAGAGGACGGCGAUGUGGGAAAAAUGGCAUGUUUCGGAACAGCAGCGCACCCUUUUGUAAUUUGUGAGACUUGGAGGAAUCCUGCCAAGGCAGACUACAGCGAUAAUGACGACAUGUUGACCAUGUACUACUGUGCAACACUGUGUUAUGUCCUCCUUUCCAGCGCGCAACUGUAAUAGUACUCCCGAGGGCGUUUGAAAGCUUGGGACAUUUUUUUCUUGGACCGUUUUCGCCGAUAUAAUUUGCACAGUUGACAACCCACAUAAAAGAAGUUAUUUUGGGUGCAUGUUAUUUGACUGUGUUUGUGCGCUGGCGUGUGCCUGUGUGACUCAGAUGACAACUUGAGAGCAGAAGGAUGGACGGCGGCAAGCAGAGCCGUGUCUCCCGGCCGCAGCGGAUCAGCGAAUCGUCCAAGGUUUUCUGUUGGGCAGAGCAGGCCACAGUGCUGCUCCAGGGCCUCAAUGAGCAGCGGCAGCAGGGUCAGCUGUGUGAUGUGGUGCUGGUGGCAGAUGAACAGCAGGUCCCCGCCCACCGGGCCCUUCUGGCAGUCUGCAGCCCCUAUUUCCAUGCCAUGUUCACUCUGGGCAUGAGGGAGGAACGACAGGCACAGGUGGAACUGGUUGGGACGUCGUACAUCGGUCUGAAAACUGUGGUGGACUUCCUGUACAGUGGAGAGCUGCCAUUGGAUGGAGGAAAUAUUGACUAUGUGCUGGAGACUGCACACCUGCUGCAGGUGUGGCAAGCAGUGGAUUUUUGUUGUCAGUACCUGGAGAGGGAGGUGAAUGAGGACAACUACCUUUAUCUCCAAGAGCUGGCCCUUCUCUACAGUCUGGAGCGACUGGACACCUUUAUUGACGACUUUAUACUCCAGCGUUUUGCCACGCUCUCAUUCACCCCCGACUUCCUUCGAGAUAUUCCCUUACACAAGCUCACCUCUUACAUCUCCAGUGGCCAGGUACAGCAUGAGAGUGAGCAGGCCUUGCUCCAGGCGACUCUUCAGUGGUUGAGCCAGUCCCCCGACCGCACAAGCCAUGCCAGACAGCUCCUCUCACACAUCCACUUCCCUCUGAUACCGGCGGGAGACCUGGCUGGCCGCGUGCUGCCAACAGUGAGGGCCCUGCUGCCAGAGGAGCCAAGCUGUGAGGCCCUGGUGGAGGAGGCACUAUGCUACCAUGCUAGGCCCAGCGCUCAGCCGCUACUACAAACUGGACGAACCGCUCUGAGGGGAGGAGUGGACCAGCUGCUGCUUGUCGGAGGGGAGGUGUCAGAGCGUGGCGAGGAGCUAAGUGCAAAUGUGUGCUGGCUGGAUAGUGAGGCUGGCAGCUGGGAGGUAGAGACCCAGCUCCCCGCCAAGCGGAGUCACCACUGCCUGGCUGUGCUGGGCGGCUUCAUCUACACUGCUGGGGGCAGCUCCUCCAGAGACAACGGGGGAGAUGCAGCAUGUAACAUGCUGUACAGAUAUGACCCACGGCAUAACCAGUGGACCAAGGGUGCUCCUAUGAACCAGCGGCGUGUGGACUUCUACCUGGGGGCAGUGGGGGAGUGCUUGAUCGCUGUGGGUGGGAGGAAUGACACCGGAGCGCUGUCGUCCGUGGAAAUAUACUGUCCUGCUGAAGACAGCUGGUCCUAUGUGGCAGGACUGCCCAGGUUUACCUACGGCCACGCAGGGACAGCCUACCAAGGUGUGGUCUACAUCUCUGGUGGCCAUGACUACCAGAUCGGACCAUACCGCCAGGAGGUCCUGAGCUAUGACCCAUCGCGGGGUGCUGAUGUCUGGAUGGAGCGCCAGGCCAUGUCUUUAGCUCGUGGCUGGCACUGCAUGGCCUCCAUGAACCACCUAAUCUACGCCAUUGGAGGUAGCAACGACCAUGAGGAUACAGCCGAGCGCUUUGAUAUCCUGGGGGUGGAGUCAUUUGACCCACGCAGCGACCAGUGGACAUGUGUGACGCCACUGCUGCUGCCGAACAGCGAGGCAGCUGUCGGGGUCUGGGGAGGGAGGAUCUAUGUGCUGGGUGGCUACAGCUGGGAGCACAUGAUGUUCUCGCGAGCAACUCAGGUGUUCGACCCCGACAAGGGUCAGUGGACAAAGGGGCCAGAGCUGUCCAAACCCAUUGCCGGUGCCUCAGCGUGUGUGUGCGCCAUUAGGCCCCAGCCACAGUCAUCCUCUCUUGAGAAGAGGAAGAAAGUUGGACUCAGAGGAAAAGGAAGACCGCAUUCAACUGGAGGAAAAUGACCCCACAUCUUUCCUGUCUGGUGAAAAAUUGAUGCUAAGCCUGGUUUAGGCUUAAAUAGUAAUUUAAACUGUUCAAAUCAAAGGAGUGAAUGGGGAAAGUGUUGGUACUACCAUUGUCUUGCAGUCAUCUUUAACCACUUCCAGUGGAAUUCAUAACCCAGAAACAUAAAUUGUUCUGAUAGUUAGUCAUUCAUUCAUUCAUUCAUUAUCCAAGCCGCUUAUCUGAAUUCAGGUUGUGGGAUGCUGGAGCCUAUCCCAGCAGUCAUUGGACAGCAGGCGGGGAGACACCCUGAACAGGCUGCCAGUCCUUCACAGUGCCGACACAUUCACACCUAGGGACAAUUUAGUAUGGCCGAUUCACCUGACCUACAUGUCUUUGGACUGUGGGAGGAAACCGGAGCACCUGGAGGAAACCCACACAGACAUGGGGAGAACACACUCCACACAGAGGAUGACCUGGGAUGACCUUCAAGGUUGGACAACCCUGGGGUUCGAACCCAGGACCUUCUUGCUGUGAGGCGACUGCACUAACCACUGCGCUACCGUGCUGCCCUAGAAAUUGUUCUGAUAUUAUGGACAUCCAUCCAUUAUCCGAACCACUUAUCCUGAUCCUGCGCUCAGGGUCGCGAGGAUGCUGAAGCCUGUAUCAGUAGUCAUUGGGCGGCAA